GCAUCUUUAAUUAAUUAAUUUGAUGCCAUGGUAUGGAAUAAACAAAGUCGCUAGAGACAACAAAAACAUAGGUGGACUUUGAACCCCGAUGCAACAUAUGGAAAUCAUAAAGAUCAUCAAACCAGUAAUACUGCUCUGCUGACAAGAUCAAGUUCCUUCGUGGCAAUAUUUUGUGAUAUCACUGCACUAUCAUCUUGAAAAUCUAAAGGAGAAAUCGAAUUUUUAUGACGUAAUGUUGCCUCUUUCCUUAUCGAAAUAAUAUGCCCCAAGAUUAGUUCAGAACUAUCGGCUAGGUGCAAAUUCCAAUAAUCCACUUGAUUACACGAGACUUCCUACUAGUUCCAAAAUUGAGCAGCUGCCGUCAGGAAGGAGAAGUAACCUACAGGUAUGGCCACCGUUGAGAAGGUGUCCACCGAGCGCAAAGCAAAUCCAAUCAAAUCGUUUCUAACUGGAGGAUUCGGAGGAAUCUGCAAUGUGCUAUCUGGCCAUCCGUUGGACACCAUCAAGGUGCGCCUACAGACGAUGCCGCGACCAGCGCCAGGAGAGAGUCCCUUGUAUAAGGGAACCUUUGACUGUGCAGCAAAGACCAUAAAGAACGAGGGUGUCCGUGGCUUAUACAAGGGCAUGUCCGCGCCGCUGACCGGGGUUGCUCCUAUUUUUGCAAUGUGUUUUGCCGGUUAUGCGCUGGGAAAACGCCUGCAACAGAGGGGCGAGGACGCCAAGCUCACCUACUCGCAAGUUUUUGUGGCUGGCUCUUUCUCCGGCGUGUUCUCCACCUUCAUAAUGGCACCUGGAGAGCGAAUCAAGGUGCUUUUGCAAACGCAGCAAGGUCAAGGAGGCGAGCGCAAGUACAAUGGCAUGAUCGACUGCGCUAGGAAGCUUUACAAGGAAGGAGGCCUUCGCAGCGUCUUCAAGGGCAGCUGCGCCACAAUGCUAAGAGACUUGCCGUCAAACGGCCUAUACUUCCUUGUAUAUGAGGCUCUUCAGGAUGUCGCCAAGUCAAAAUCGGAGAGUGGCCAAAUUAGUACUGCGUCAACAAUUUUCGCUGGUGGAGCUGCCGGCAUGGCCUACUGGAUCCUGGGAAUGCCAGCCGAUGUACUAAAAAGCCGCCUACAAUCGGCUCCGGAAGGCACUUACAAGCAUGGAAUUCGAAGUGUCUUCAAGGAUCUAAUUGUUAAGGAUGGUCCUAUGGCUUUAUAUCGGGGCGUUACACCGAUCAUGAUCCGCGCCUUCCCGGCCAACGCUGCCUGUUUCUUUGGCAUUGAGCUAGCUAACAAAUUUUUCAACAUUGUGGCGCCAAAUUUCUAGUUGGAAAUAAGUGUAAUAAAGUGUUUUUAAAUCUUGAAA